CAUGUCUGUAUCAGGAGCCCAUCACUCUCAGUAUAUAUCAUAAUCACUAAAAUUUGAUUUUUGUCCCUUCAUCUAAGAAGCAUCCCUGCUUGUUUGAAUCACGGUAAGGCAUCUCUCUCUUUAUUAUCAAUUACAUCUUACGGACUUCUACUGUAGGUAUUGCUUAGCUAGACUGUGAAUGCAUGUCUAUUUCCAGGCAGCCGGAAAUAUGUCACUCUGCAUUCGCCGGCUAGAUAUUGCUUCAAAGCUCAAAAUUAAAUCAAAGAUAUAUACUUUUUAAUGUUUUAGAGGAAAAUGUGGAAGAUCUUCUACAGUUAAGUGACGAGUAUCAGGUAACACAGCUCAUCUUUGACCCUUGUGUGAAGUUCCUCGAGGACCAACCUAAAACAAGAGAAAACGUUAUGAAGAUUCUGGCGAUUGCAAACUUGUACAACCUGGAGAAAGUAUAUCAAAGCUGCAUCGACCUGCUCAAGAAUAUGAAACUUGAGUCCCUUUCAGAAACUGUUCAUUUGCAAGAUCUCGACAAGGAAAAGACGCAAUAUUACCUGACGCAAAGGAUUGAACGGUUAGAGACAGUUCUUGAUGGGGUGUUUCCCCAGGUUUUUGGGUUAGUGUUUAGUUUGAUGCGUCGCUUGCAUGAUUCUGAAGCAAUGGUGCUAUGGUGCAGUAAACAUGUCUCUAAGGGUAAAUUUAGAAUGUAUAGAUCGUUGGAAAUUAGAGAUUGUAUAGGCUGUCAAGGAAUGUUAGAGUCAAUUGUUGAUGCAACCUGUUUUGAGAUGCAUGGAAAAAGAGUCCCCAACCAUGGACCCAUGGUUCAUUUUGAUAACAAUCUGUUCUCUGUUAUGCACGAUCUCUUUAUGGUGGUUAAGAAAAAGUGAGGUAUCCUUUAUAACAAGGAAGACGUAUUAGACAGACUGAGUUCUUAGUGAGCUGUAUUCAGUUGCGUACUCUAAUUGGUUAGGCAUACUUCCACAAACGACCACUCUACCUCUUAAUUUUAUCAGCUAUGUGGGUUUAGGCCUGUUCAUAGGUAGAUGUAACUUAGUCACCGUUCAGUCUUUUUUUCCAACCAUGCUUGCGAUAAAUCUUUUCUGAGUUUAUGCUGUGGGUGAAAUUGCCCCUGGGGGGGACUCCCACUUAAAAAGGACAGAAAUGCUCGUCAGAAAUUUUGAAAAGAGCCCCAAAGAGGUACCAAGAUCCUGUUUUAUGGGCGUGGCUUGAAAUGUUUUCCACCCCUAAGAAGUACCAAUUCUAAAACAAGACAUUAUCUCCUGUCAUAUUUUUUCGUCUCAGUACCAUAAAAGAUACUGCAAAAGCUCCGCCUGUGAACCUUUUGAGGCUGAACACCCUAAGAGGUACCAAAACCACUUUUUUUAAAUCCUUAGAGGUAUGACAAGCACCCCUGUCCUUUUUAUGUAGGAGUCCUCCGUGGGGAAAGUGCCCCCAAAAACUCUGCAGAAUUUUGAAUCUUUGGUAGUUUUUAAAAGUAUAGUUAUGCUAUCAGUGAGGCAGCAGGAAUCACUUCGCUGAUUUCGAGAGACCGUUAAGUCAUACUGUUAGAUGUGCCCUUUUGAGCUGUCACUUGCAGUGUUGUUACUGUGCGUUUCAUUCUAGUCUUUGAUGUUGAAGCUACAGAUCUAGAAAUACGUGUAGAUUGAGCUGAAAAACUGCCAAGAUGGUUAAAGACACUUUGUCAAAGUCUACCAUUUUGCCAGCCUCAUUCUUAUGCAUGGUCGUAUAAUUUGCCGUGUUCUAUUCAAGUUUACUGCUCUUUAUCACGUAAUGAAUUUCCCUCACGAGGUUUUGCUCCCUCGUCGGAUGAAGAAUUUUCUUCAACUGCGUAUGUAUGCUGGCCGGUGGAAGUGUUGCAUGCCGUCUUAGGGUCAGACUGUUGCAAGGCGAAAGCAAUGCUAACUAUAUUUAUAAUAAGUUUCAUUGACGACCUUAGUCAAUGAAAUUCGUGACUUCUUUAAAUUUAACUCCCAGACUUUUACUUAGUCUUUUAAUUUUAGGAUGUGUUCCACGUAUUUUACUAAAAAGAACUGAAAGUGCUCAUAAGAAUUUUUAAAUACCGUUGAAACUUAUUAUCUACUUUGAAAGUGAAACAAGUACCAGUUUAUCAGAAUUUUAAGUCCAUAUUGAAAGCAUCAAGGAAACAAGAUCUUAACAACAGUACAGAGGAAUCGAAGAAAAUUUGCCGUUACGAUAUAUUAAACGGCUAGGAACUUUUCUUCACCAGUUACAGCAGGGGAAGCUGAUUGAACCCGAGUUGAACGUUGUUUCAGGCAGCGGCGUUAUUCCGAUUUUGCUUACGACACACCAUAUAAUCCAUCAAAUUAAAACGACUUUUUAAAAAUUAGUUUUCAACCUUCUCAGUUCUCCUUUUAGAAAGAGCUCAAAACUGCUAAAUGAACUAAGGAGCGCAAGAACACAGUCCGUGUGCGUUUUACACGUAAAACUAAAAAAAAAUAAAAAAUAAAAAAUAAAAAAAACAGAUGGCGUGAUUUAGGUAAACUGGUCUCCAGUCUUUUCGUGAAAAUGUGAGCGCCUGCUUCCACUGUCACGCGAUCUAACGAGUUUAUACUUCCUUGUGCCAGUUGUGUAGAGAAGACAGAACGUGCACAUAAAUACCUUUCCGCUUGGCGACAGACAAAUCUACUGUACAAGGAUGGCGAGUAACAUCGAGGAGACAAACGUUGAAGAGAAGAGCAGUGAAAACGAAACUGGUGGAGUCCAAGCAGAAAAGAUGGUAAAGCAUUCCUUUUCUGAUCCGUGGAAAGGUAGUGACUUGGUUCUUGUUGUAGAAGAUGAGAAGUUUCAUGUUCAUCGUGUGAUUCUGCGUUUGAACUCUCCAGUGUUCGAGGCUAUGUUCAACUCACAGUUAAAAGAAUCCACAGCCAACGAGAUUCCACUGCCUGAGAAAAAUGCUAGUGGUGUUCUGGACUUUCUGAAGAUAAUUUACGGCUUCCAAUACAUCCAAGAGCGAGUGGAAAUUACAAUGGAAAAUGUGGAAGAUCUUUUACAGUUAAGUGACGAGUAUCAGGUAAAACAAUACAUAUUCGACCCUUGUGUGAAGUUCCUCGAGGACCAACCUAAAACGAAAGAAAACGUUAUGAAGAUUGUGGCGCUGGCAAACUUGUACAAUCUGGAGAAGGUACAUCAGGGCUGCAUCGACCUGCUCAAGAAUAUGAAACUUGAGUCCCUUUCAGAAACUGUUCAUUUGCAAGAUCUCGACAAGGAACAGACGCAAUAUUACCUGACACGAAGGAUUGAACGAUUAGAGAGGUUUCUCGACGAGGUAUUUCCUCAGUUUUUUGGUGUAGUGGCGAGUUUGGUAUUCCUGAUGUUCGAAUCUAGAAAUAACCUGCUUUGGUGCGAUAAGCAUGUCAGAGGGGGGAAAUUUAAAAGAUAUAGUUCCAUGGAAAUGAUGGCAAAAUGUUCAGGCUGUAAGAGCAUGUUAAAUUCAAUGGUUAGAGCAACCAUGUGUCCGAGUGUCAAUCGGAGAGAAGGAAUUCUACCCCGCCAUGGGGGCAACAACCAUUUUAAUGCCGAUCUGUUCUCUGUACUGGAGAAUUUUGUCAAGUUGACAGGGAAAAUAGUGACAUUUGAUGGGUAACAGAGAAGCUACUGAUUGAGUAUUCCGUGAGUAUUCAGUCGCGCAUUCUAAUUGGUUUUUCAUAUUCUCAUCAUGACGAGCACUGAACUUUAUAUUAUCUAUUGUUACAUGGGUUUAUCCGUGUUCUAAUUAACCUUUGCAUUUUUUACAUUCAAAAAAUCACUAAAACACAUUGCAAGUGUUUUUUUUUUACCUUUCUUAAUUAGAGGAAGCUGUACUGCACGACUAAACUCUAUGAUUAUCACAGAAUUAUUAAUAGAUUUGAAAGUCGCUCGAAAAAUUCUCUGAAUUUUACGUAAUUCUUAGUUUAAGUAGACCUAAGUAUAGUUAUGCUGUAAGUGAAGCAACAUGGGAUUGCUGUAUGCACGUUUUAUACGGUCGAAUUUCUUUAACUGAUAGGUUGCCAUUUUGAGUCGCCAUUUGUAAUUUUACAUGGCCAAUCUGUUCUAGACUGGAUGCUGUCAAACAGAAAAAAACAAUGAAAACAUAAUUAUUAUGAAGACAGUAGCAAGAAAAGCCCGAGGGCCCAUAGACGGC